AUUUUAUUAAUGUAACAAGUGGAGCCAAUUAUAGCUAAGUUGCGAAUAGCUGAAUUAGACGACUAUGAGCCCCUGAAGAAAUUCCUACCCAAUGUACUCUUAAUCCUAUAUAUAUUUUACCCAUCUAGCCCAAUAUCAAGUUAUCACACAUAGCCUUUGCAACAUUAUUGCUCUCAAUAUUAUGCACCUUGUUGGGCAUUGCUCCAAGAGUCGUGACUGGCUUAGUAGGCGCCUUGAUCCCCUCCUUUCAAGCAAUAAACAAGUACCAAACUACAGGUAUAACGCAAUUAAGACCUUAUUAGGUGAGGUUUACACGUGCCUUCCUUAUUUCAUCAUAUUUUCAACCUACUUGACCUUUCAAGGAUGGAUAAUGUGGAUCUUCUCAUUCAUACCAUGCUUCGAUACCAUGUGUUUAUUGUUUGUGUUGGCUCUCCAUCACCCAGAUGUGCAAUUAUCUAAUAAAAUUUGGAAUUUGUUGUAGAAAGUAUUGUGAGCAAGCAAAAUUAAAUAUAUAAAAUAAAUAAUAAAUGGA